AACAGGUCAACAUGUACUGCUACAUGAUAAGUUCACGUUAUACCAAUUUACGCCAUUCAUUAUAUCUAUUAUAAAUUUAUUACAUAGUUUACUCAAAUUAAAUGACAACAUAAAAGUUUGUCAGUGACACAAGUAAUAAAAGAUAUGUACGUGAUUUUACAUAUUUUCAAACAUUUAUGGCAAAAUACACUCAUUAAAUCGAUAGGCAAAUUUUAACUUAAGGACCACUAUUUAAUCCACCUUUGGAGUUUUAAUGGACGUGGACGGAGACUUUCGUAUGGAAUCUGUUAGUACAGCGAGCGAUGAAACAACAGAUGGUUCUAUUGAAAAGCUUACUAAAAACAACAAUGCUGAUCAGACUGAUUCAAAACAUGUUGUGAGAACUUCAAGAGGAAAUAUUGUUAGUGAAGAUAAUGCAACUGAACAUGUUGCCGACAUAAGAAAAGAAGAAGAAUGUCUUGAAGUUCUUAUAGAAGUUGAUGACGAUACGACGAAAGCCCCGGACGGUGGAUGGGGCUGGAUGAUUGUUUUAGGAAUUCUGUUAAUACGCACUAUUGUGGGUGGGUUUGUCAGAUCAUCUGGACUAUUCUUCGUGAAAUUUUCGGAAAGAUUUGGAGAAAGUGCGGCUAACACAGCUUGGGUAACGUCUUUAUCAGCCACUGUGAGAUUACUUGUGGGUCCGGGUGUAAGUAUACUAUGCAACAGAUUCUCCGCCCGGAAACUAAUCUAUUUUGGGUCUGCAUUGUUUGUGAUUGGUGUGCAUAUUUCUGCAUAUGCCAACACGCUUGAAUAUCUCUACUUCAGUUAUGGUGUUCUUGCAGGACUUGGUCGUUCUUUUGUUCUGACUCCCCUCAUCAUACUGCUAGGAGAAUAUUUCGACAAACGUCGCAGCCUGGCAUUUGGACUUGCGUCUGCAGGUUUUGGACUUGGAGGCUUUGCUAUAACACCCGCCAUAGAAGUGAUGUUUCAGCAGUAUGGGUUUAGGGGCACCUACAUCUUGCUAAGUGGAAUUGCUUGUCAUUUCUUUGUGUUCACUUCCUUACUUCGACCAUUGUCGAAAUCAAGCGAUAUUUCAGAAAAAACUAGAUAUAAAGAAGAUAAAACUGUUGACAUAAGGGACAGUAACGACAUAGAAAAUAAAGAAAUGAUACAAUCAUAUGUUUCUUCCACCGGAAGUGUUCACCUGUGUAAAGCAGAUGGAAAUGCAAGCUCGGCGUUGAUUCCCCAAGAAGUAAACAACCAGUCAGCAUGUAACAAAGUAGAAAAUGACUGUGAAACGAACGUUACACCGAAAACUAAAAAGAAACUUAUCAAUUUUUCAGUAUUAAAAGACAUCCGAUUUGUAACAUUGUGCAUGGCGACUUUUAUAUUCACUCUACCGAGCAGUGGAUUAUUUCUCCCAGUCCUUGCCAAGUCACGUGGUGUAACCGAUAUACAAGCGGCUUAUAUGUUAUCGAUAAUAUCCGGAAGUGACAUCAUUUCAAGAGUUUUUUCCGGAUUCGUCCUUGACCUUAAAAGUGUUCGAAACUUGAGACCAUUUAUUUAUAAUUUGAUAUCAUUUAUUCAAUGCAUUUCCUUGUUCUUAUUUCCGUCACUGAAAUCGUUCGAACAUUUUUGUGCCGUCUGCGUGUUACACGGAGCUGUGAUGGGUUGUAAAGCUGCCCAGAGGAGUGUCAUCCUGGUUGAUAUUUUAGGUGUUGAUAAACUUUCAAGUUCUAAUGCGUUUCUCCUUGCUGUUCAAGGUAUUGGUACAUUGGUGGGUCCGCCAGUUUCCGGUUACCUCAAGGACACAUACGGGAAAUAUGACUACACGUUUUAUUUUGGCGGUUCCUGUGUUUUACUCGGUGCUUUUAUUCUAGCUAGUGGAAAUUUCAGAAAUUAUCUGAACAAGAAAAAGAAAUAAAGAAAAUAAUAAAAUUUUAAUAUUG